AGCCUGUCGCUCACUCCCUUCCUGCUGCAUCACAACAGCCGUUAGCAGCUCGAGUAGCGACCAGGGGCGGACGAUACCCACAGCUAAUUCAUUCACAGAAUAACUCUGCUUUACCGUGCGGUACUCCACAACAUCUUCACAAGGGGGUAACCGACAGGGACUGGUUGCAGCGCGAUAAUUCCCCCUCCAGCUGUUGGGAUAUGGCCAGGCCGGAACAGGUUCUGCUCUUGGAGCCUCAGCAUGAAUUGAAAUUCCGUGGUCCUUUCUCAGAUGUGGUCACCACAAAUCUCAAGCUGUCAAACCCUACAGAUAGGAAUGUAUGUUUCAAGGUGAAGACGACCGCACCGCGCCGAUACUGUGUGCGGCCAAAUAGUGGAAUCAUUGAUGCAGGAACUUCAAUCAACGUUUCAGUUAUGCUGCAGCCUUUUGACUAUGACCCCAAUGAGAAGAGCAAACACAAGUUCAUGGUCCAGUCUAUGCUAGCACCCCCUGAUAUGACCGACAUGGAGGGAGUGUGGAAGGAGGCUAAGCCAGAGGAGCUGAUGGACUCCAAGCUGAGGUGUGUCUUCGAGAUGCCAGUGGAAAACGACAAAACACAUGACAUGGAGUCCAACAAGAUAUCGUCCAGCCUUCUGAAGUCUGAGGCUUCCACGCUGCCGGCAAAGUCGGGCAGCUCCACCCUUGAUGACGGAGAGGUAAAGAAGAUCAUGGAGGAGUGUAAGAGGCUGCAAAUGGAGGCUCAGAGGCUACGGGAAGAAAACAAACAGAUUAGGGAGGACGAUUGUCUGCGGAUGAGGAAGAGUAACGUGAUGUCAUCUCAGCACACCUCACUUGGCAUGAAGAAAGAGGAAGGCUUGAGCACCCGCACAGUGGCCCUUAUUGUGCUCUUCUUUGUGCUCGGUGCAAUCGUGGGCAAGUUGGUUUUGUAGAGUGCAGGCCUGUUUGCUCAGCCACAGCAUGCUUUUUGGGGGAGAUGAAACAAACACAGGAUUCGGGAUUUUUGGAUCAGAAAUUCUAUGUCCGUUGAGUUGGGGGGGUGGCAGUAGUUUUGAUUGAGUCUCAUUUAUGUAAAAAUUUCAGUGGUAAUGUAUGAGAAUAAAGAAAAAAAUAUACCUAAAGAACAAAACCUACUGUUACAGGUCUUGCCUCAAUAUAAUCAUCAUAUAAUUCUGGCCCUGUUCCCAAAACUUCAUGUAUACAGGCGAGCGGCUCUGUGGGUGUGGGGGAAUGGAAACAUGAUUUAAUCCUCAUGAAUCAGACCAACAGAUUUUUCCAACACAGACUAGGUUGCGUUGGUACGAUUGAGUCAGUAUGCGUCGAGCGAAUGUCAUUUCAGUGUGUUAUUGUUCUUUUUUCUAAUUCUUCUUCUAAAUGACAAAGGCCAGAGCCUGUGUGUACACUAUGUACGUAGUCCACCCUCCCACACUGUACAGUCUAUCCAGGCUUGCCUCGUUCCUUCCAGCUAAAGCCCCUUUAAGAGAAGGAAUUUAUUAGAAAUGAUCCAUACAAUGGGGGUUAUGCACACAGGGCUAUCAAAAUGACUCCUCCAAUCAGAGGCUUUGUAAAAAAAAUCAGCUUGUCUUCGAUUGUAUUACAACCUUGAACAACGUAUGAAACACUAUAUCAGAAGGGUUUUUUUUUUUUUCUUCUUCUUGUCCCCCCCUCAUGUGUCACCACAUCCUCAGUUGGCAGAGGGGAUGUUUGCAUGCGUACACGCAGAGUGCUGCAUUGGACUUUUGAAUCUAACUUAAUUGCUUUUAUAAUGGUGUCAAUGUUAUUUGACUGUAGGUUUGCACAGCUACAUUUCUGAUGGGUUUCUUUUUCCUUCUUUUGUGUUUUACAGCUUUUUUUUUUAAUAAUUUUUUUUUUAUGAUUUUUAGGACAUGUUUGUUGUUAGGAUUACAGCAUUUAACUGUAGUCUGCUACAUGAAAUGAGCUCCGGAUUUGUAGGAUUGAUCGCUGAAAACACUCUUGGUAAAGCCUUGCCUUGUGACCUGUUUGGGCAAGUUAUUCUCAAACCGUGAUGGAAGUGUGUGUGAUGUGCAUAUGUCCAUACGUGAAUAUAUACAACAGAUGUACAUACUGUGGGGAGAAAAAAGUGUAAAGGUGAAUUAUAUUGUUUCCCCUGACAACAUCAGCAAAACAAAAGUCCUACUAUUUUCCAACUGAGGCAUACAUUUGUUGACAUUCUGUUUUGUUGAAAGUGUGUGUCUGUUUUCACUUCUCAGCUCUCCCUGCACCAGUGCUGCUGCACAUGCUGGAUUGUUUGGUUUAUUUUUUCCCCACUCCACUGCAGGCUUGUGUUCAUUUUGGGUGUUGGUUCAGCAUUUAUCAAUUACUUAUUAAUGUUAUAUAUUCACUGCAUUUGAAUUCACUUUCAUUUGGAAGUGCAAGAGUGUUUCAUCUUCCUGCGUAUAGAGGCUUAAUAUUUUCUCAAAUAAGGAGGGGGACUAGGAAGUGAGCAGCCACAUGACACUGUACUGUUCUAGAGCUGAUGGUGAUGAUUAUUAUUAAUAAUAAUACCUUGUCAAUAUAAGCAUAUGUUGAAAUGGUUUUACUUCAAGAUUUGGAUAUUUCUGGUGAAAUGCACAUAAUUCAGCAGUGGAAAGUGAAUGAUUUGAAUAUAAGACAACUGUAUGUAUAACUUAAUUCAAAGUGUGUUCUCCUUUCACAUAUGGAAGAAAUGAUUAAAUGAAAAAAAAAAAAAAAAUUCAACCAUCUUUUACUGUUGAGUGAAGUGGGAGGUGAUGGAUGUGUUUGGUGGGUGACUUUUUGAUGUAAUGUAUGAAAAUGUUCGGGUGAGGAUGACUUACUGCAGAGCAGACCUGAGCUUCAGUGACAUCUUGGGUUAUCACUCCAGGAUCAUGGUGUACUUGCACAAUUCUUGCCUUUUGCAUCCUAAUUUGCGUACCACACAUCUAUUGACUAAAGUGCCAAAGGGCGCUCUCUAAUCCUGUUGGUGACUUUGUUUUGAGACUGCAUAGCUGAAAACAAGAACUUGGAAGGUGGUGCUUUGCAACUGAAAAAUUAAGGCGUGUCUCUUUAAAAACAUUCCAUUACCUCGUCAGUAAAUUCUAGCACUAAAGUGUGUAGGAUUUAGGUGUGUUUAUGAGCAGAAAUGGAAUAUAGCAUUAAUAACCAUCUGUGUAAUUACCUACAACAAUGAAUUAAUGUGUUUUCAUAAGCUUAGAAAGACAGUUGUCUGCAUGGGAGCGGGCCCCCUCGUAGAGGCUGCCAAGUUGCAUCACGUUGGUACAGUAGCCCAAAUGGGACCUACCGUGUCUCAGAAGACUGAAGAAAAAAAAAGAAAAGGAAUCAGUUCUCCUCUAUACACUGUCUACUGGUUGCUAAUGAAGGCUAACAAGUUUAAGAGUCCUCAUUUUUGUGAAAUGAGGAUCAUACAUAUAGUUUAUCACAAGAAAAGGCAAGGCAGCAUCAAUCCCUGUGACUAAGAAGUGAAAAACAAAAUGGGUUGUACAAUGCAGUCUGCAACCUCACCAUGACAUAACACUAAAUUCUACACACUGUAGCUUUAACACUCCUUUGUGAAAUCCCCAAAAUUGGUACUCAAACUGGGAUGAAGCCAAAUUAUUUGCAAGUACAAAGUGAUCCAGCUCUGGUUGUGAACACACUACGCUGACCGUCACCGUGAUCAAUUUAAGCAGUCGCAAAACUGUUUUGUAUAUAUAAAUAAAUAAGUAUCCACGCUGAAGAUUAUUCCUAGUUAAGUAGUUUCUCUGGUGUAUAAAAACAAAUCCAACCUGUUUGGACUAUGUAGCAUCUUAAUAAAUUAAACAAAUAAAACAC